AGAGCGGGAGCUUUUAACUCUUUCCUCAGUUUUAAACGGAUCGUGCGCUUGUUGCCAGAUGGAGGACUACCACAAACCGGACCAGCAGACGGUGCAGGCGCUCAGGAACGUCGCCACACGACUCCGGAUCAACUCCAUCAGGGCCACAACUGCAGCGGGCAGCGGUCAUCCAACAUCAUGUUGCAGCGCAGCAGAGAUCAUGUCUGUGCUCUUCUUCCACUGCAUGAAGUAUCACCCUGAAGACCCACGGAACCCCAACAAUGACCGGUUCAUCCUCUCUAAGGGUCACGCAGCACCUGUCCUGUAUGCUGUCUGGGCAGAGCUCGGCUACCUGAAGGAGAGCGAGCUGCUUAAUCUCCGAAAGGUCGACUCCAUCCUGGAAGGACACCCAGUGCCGAAGCAGCAGUUUGUGGAUGUGGCCACUGGAUCUCUGGGUCAGGGGCUGGGGGCCGCCUGCGGGAUGGCCUACACUGGAAAAUACUUCGACAAGGCCAGUUACCGGGUGUUCUGCCUGCUGGGUGAUGGAGAGCUGUCAGAGGGCUCGGUGUGGGAGGCCAUGGCCUUCGCCUCCUACUAUCAGCUGGACAACCUGGUGGCCAUCUUGGAUGUUAACCGUCUGGGUCAGAGCGAGCCGGCUCCGCUGCAGCACCAUGUGGAGAAAUACCAGCGCCGCUGUGAGGCCUUUGGCUGGCAUUCCAUGAUUGUGGACGGCCACAGUGUGGAGGAGCUCUGUAAGGUUCUGAAUCAAACCUGCCAUCAGCCAAUCGCAAUCAUAGCCCGGACCAUAAAGGGGAAAGGCAUUCCAGCGGCUGAGGAUAAGAUGGGCUGGCAUGGCAAACCUCUGCCCAAAGACAUGUCAGAGAGUGUGAUCAGGGAGCUGCAGAGUCGCAUCAUCAGCUGCAACAAGCGCCUCUACCCUGCUCCACCCAACGAGGACGCAGCACCUGUCAGCCUCUGCAAAGUCGGCAUGCCGAGCGCCCCCAACUACAAACCUGGAGACAAGAUUGCUACAAGGAAGGCGUACGGGGUGGCUCUGGCCAAACUGGGCCGUUACAACGAGCGUGUGGUGGUCCUGGAUGGAGACACCAAGAACUCAACCUUCUCUGAGCUCUUUAAGAAUGAGCACCCCAACCGCUACGUGGAGUGCUACAUCGCCGAGCAGAACAUGGUGAGCGUGGCGGUCGGUUGUGCGGUUCGAGACCGUAACGUGGUGUUUGCCAGCACCUUCGCCACGUUCUUCACCCGAGCCUACGACCAGCUCCGCAUGGCGGCCAUCUCCGAGAGCAACAUCAACCUCUGUGGCUCCCACUGCGGCGUCUCCAUUGGUGAAGAUGGACCCUCUCAGAUGGGCCUGGAGGAUCUGGCCAUGUUCAGAGCCGUUCCCACGGCAACUGUCUUCUACCCAAGUGACGGUGUUUCUACUGAGAAGGCUGUGGAACUGGCAGCCCUGACAAAAGGUUUGUGUUUCAUCCGAACAAGUCGCCCAGAGAACAACAUCGUCUACAACUCAAACGAAGACUUCCACGUUGGGCAGGCUAAGGUGGUUUAUAAAACCAACGAUGAUCAUGUGACUGUGAUCGGAGCAGGGGUUACUCUCCACGAGGCUUUGGCUGCUGCUGAGAUGCUGAAAAAAGAGAGAAUCAACAUCCGCGUGAUUGACCCGUUCACCAUCAAACCCCUGGACUCCAAGACCAUCACCGACAAUGCCAGGGCCACCAGAGGACGCAUCAUCACAGUGGAGGACCACUACUACGAAGGUGGUCUAGGCGAGGCCGUGUGCUCCGCUUUGGUGAACGAGAGCGGCUUCACUGUUCACCGCCUGGCGGUCUCCCAGGUGCCCCGCAGCGGCAAGCCCCACGAGCUGCUCCGAAUCUUCGGCAUCGAUCGCGACGCCAUCGCCCAGGCAGUCAGGAAGAUGCUCAGCAGCUCCACCAACGCCAAGUAAGAAGGCCGCAGGACUGACUCCGUGGUUAACCUGGGCUCACCAUGGAAACAACAAACCAACGUACACAAAGGAGAAGGCGGCGCUUCAGGCUCUCGUCCUUGUAGAACAACCUAAAAGUUAAUUUGAUCAAAAUGAAAGGUGCUUCUCUGUCAUCUGUGAGGUCAGACACCCGCUCCUCCUCUUC